AUGAAGAACGGCGAUCUCAAAACAUAUCUUCAAGCGCAACACUCGAUCCCCAUGGACCUGAAGCUGAUGAGGGGACUCGGCUCUAUCUCCUCGACAUUGGAGAGACCCGCCUACCGUGGCUACAGAUUGAUUUGCUUCGGCUCAACUCUAUACGAGGUUUUCCAAGGAGCUAGUCCCUACGAGGAUCUCCCCAGCGAUCAAGUGGAAGCACUGUACAAGAGGAAGGAGUUUCGUGAUACCUCUAAUAUCCCGUGCGCACAGAUUAUCGAGAAAAGUUGGCUGUCCCAAGUUAGCUCAGCCGAGCAUGUCCACGAUUUCAUCGGGAAUAUCAUCCGUAGCACGCUUAACGUCGACUGUAUCCUUUAUCUCGGUGGUUCGGACGCAGCUCUGUGA